CAUAUUUUUUCAAUUAUUUUUCCUAACAGAAAUAUUUUUCAUAUUAACAACAAAAAAUUACCAAUAAAAUGUUAAAGCAAAGUGAAUCCAACAAAUUAAAUGAAUUUGGUUUUAUGGAUUAUAAAAAACCUUUAGGUAACGAGCAAGAUAUGAGGACAUCCACAUAUAUGGGACAUAAAAUAAUGGAUGACACUAUGUUGGGUAAUAAGAUACAGGCAAAGUGUAAGGAAACAAAAUCUUAUGAAGAAGAUGCAGUGUUGGAAAAACAUAGAACCAGUGAUUAUAAGGCAAAUUAUGUGUGGAUGUUCGGAAAUCCCGAUGAAAUACGCAAUGUUUCAUUGGAUAGAAAAAUUAAUCAUAUGAAACCCUUUUACGAUUGUAAUCUUAAAUUUCUUAAACGACCCAUGCGUUCUGCUGGCAGUGUAACCCAUUCCGAUUAUAUUUGGCAACCAGAAAAUCCCACUUUACCUCCUGCUAAACCUUACAUACCGUACCCUGUGGUCUCUACUAAAAUCGUUAUAGAUCGUAAUAAACCAGGCUGUUCAAAAUUGUUAGAUCCAUCUGCCACUACCACCAGUCUAGAUUAUUGUUAUCGUUCCUCUCAAGACAUCAUGAAUAGUAUUGCGGCCAAUGAUAAUAUAACAUUUUGGAAUUGGAAAGAUAUCGAAUAUCGGGAUAAAAAUGUAUUUCGUGUUAAGGAAGCACAAUUAUGUGAUAAAUUGCCAUCGAAAGACUGUACGAAAAGACGCUGUGAAUUUCCCAGUAAAGUCAAAGCUGUACCCAAUUCUGGUUUGAUUACAGAAGUUCGAGAGAACUAUGUGAAACCCAAUGAUCGUAUUAUAGAUUAUGAUAAUAGUUGUAUAAAGAAUGAAUUAACUUUUGUGGCCAGCGAACCGUUAAUGGCUAAGACGGAAUAUAAUGUAUUGGGUUCGGGUGAAUGCACGCAGAAGUUUGUUUAAAUCUUAAGAUUUUCAAAAUAUUUCUCUAAAUCCGAAAGAAGAUUUUCAUUCUUACAAAUAUAUUGAAAACAACAAAUUAUUUUUAAUUUUUUUUUUUUUCAAUAUAUUUAUAAGAACGAAAAUGUUGUUUCGAUAUUGUAAAACAGGCAGUAAAGUUUGAUGUUUUAUAAAAAUAGCACUUUUGUACAAAUCGGUAACUCAAAAUCAAAUUUCAUUUUAAUUCUUAAAACAUUAAACUUAUUCAAAAUUUUCACAUUUCUAAAAAAACCUUGACUUUUUAAGCUUUAAAAUUUGUUUUCAAAUUUUGGAAAAAAAACAUUAAU